AUGAACAAGUGUAGUAUAUAUGAUGAAGAUAGCAGGGUUAUAUCUUCUCACUACAAGAGUUCUAGUAAGAAGAAGAGUGAAAAUCAGUUUCGUGGGAAACCAUAUGUGACUCCAGCUGAUAAAAGGAAGAAGAAGUUUCAUCUGAAAUCUGGUCACAUAAGUACACAAUGUCAGAAACCAAAGAAUACGCCGACUAGUGUUGCUCAGAGUAAUGGUGGAGUAUUUUCUUUAAGCGGUACAGAUGUCUUAAAAUCAGAUAACUUGAUUCGAGGUACAUCUUGUAUUCACGGUGUUGCAUUGAUUGCUAUGAUUGAUACUGGUACAACUCAUUCAUUUAUUUCUCUUGAAUGUGUUAACAAGCUGAAACUUGAAGUGUUUUAUAGGAAUGGAAGUAUGGUCAUUGAUACCUCAACUAAUGGUUCGGUGACUACUUCUCUAGUGUGUUUGAAUUGUCCUUUGACCAUUUAUGGUAAAGACUUUGCAGUUGACUUAAUUUGUUUUCCUUUGAGUCAACUGGAUGUGAUUUUAGGGAUGAACUUGCUAGAGUUCAACUGUGUGUAUAUCAACUGUUUUGACAAGACUGUGUUGUUUCCCGAGCCCGAAGAGAAUACAUAUUCAAUAUUCUUACAUGCCGGUCAAGUUGAGAUGUCUUUAAGGGAGAAUGAUUAG